AUGGCGUCCGCUACCGAAUCUUCCCCUCUCCUCCCUCAACACCACCAUCCUGCAUCCUCAAAUACGUCACCGCGAGGGAGCCGGCCUCCCCGAACAGUGACGUUCAAUCCCCUCACGACAGUCAGUACAUAUCACGAUUCAGCUUCUGCGGACCCUAAAUUUAAGCCCUUGACAUCUGGGCCUUCUUCACUCGCCAGCUCACGACCGACUGGGCUCUCAGCCCUGAAUAGCAAGCUUCGCCGUCGCAACAGCCAUGGAGCUCCGGGCACAAUUGCCUCGUCGUAUCCGGCCUCGAAAAUUGGCCCGCAGAGAACAACAAAGACUGCGCAGAAGUUGAAGCUUUUACCAGACCCUAUAACCGAGGAAGAACUUGUCGAUGAUGAGGAAACCUCUCCUUCAGACGUAUACCGACAGAUUGCGCGGAUCAAGGAACCUGCAGCUCGAAGCCUUGCGGCGAAGCUAGGGAAGGCAGACAGGGAUAGGCUACCUCGGGUAACGGCGUACUGCACGGCCAAUUCUUAUCGUCUAGAUGGGGUAUUCAAGUUCCUGAAGUCACGGUCCAAAACCCGCGGUGCCAAUCCCAAGUUGUUUGACGAGUGCGUCUACUCGCGGUUCGAUUACCAGCACGAAGAGAAACAGAAAGCUGGGAACCUUUCGAAUGAUGUAGAUACGGAGAAUGCUCACACGGUCGAUCGGAUGCCUAGGGAAAGAAGGUUUUCGGAUAGUGCGGUGGAAGUGAAUGAUAACUUUGUCAACCGGAGAGAGGAGCUUAUCGAUCUGCAUGAUAAAUCUCACUCGCAAAAUGCAACCGAAUCCUCGGUGCUUGAUAAUGCCCCGGAUAUCGACACCACCAUUCACGCACCGGAAGUGUUCCUUUUCGAUUAUGGCACCGUAGUCAUAUGGGGCAUGUCGCCGGCGCAAGAAUCGCGAUUUUUGUCGGAUAUCUCAAAAUUUGCAACCUCAAUUCUGAGCCCAGAAGAUACCCAGGUGGAAAACUUUAACUUUUACUAUGCUCGCGAAUACCAAGCCCGAAUAUACAACGAUUUCAUUUCGCUGCGCGACCCCCGAAACUAUAUGAUCAAGCUCGCCAUCUCACAUGCUCUGGCCCAGUCAGUGAAAACGUCUCUCUUCGAAGACCUUGUCUCUGAAACCAUCUCAAAUACCGCACCAUUACCGGCUCAGAUUGCUCAGACUGGAAGCGUCAACCUCUCAAGACGGCAAAUCAACAUGCAAGUCGGAGAACUAUUUAUCCUUCGUAUCAAUAUCCACCUUCAAGGUUCGGUGUUGGAUAGCCCCGAGUUGAUGUGGGCUGAACCACAGUUAGAACCUGUAUACCAGGCUGUUCGGAGUUACUUGGAAAUGGACCAGCGCGUGAGCCUUUUGACUGAGCGGUUGGAUGUGAUAGCGGAUCUUCUUGCUGUGCUGAAAGAUCAAUUAACUCACCGUCAUGGUGAGUAUCUCGAGUGGAUAGUUAUCGUCCUCAUCGCCGCUGAGAUCCUCGUGGCCGCCAUCAACAUCGUUGUUGAUCUGUACGCUGGUGUCGAAUAG